UCACGUGGCCGUUAUUUCUGCGCCACCUCGUCCUCUCUGCCAUCACCAUCGAUUCAUGGAAAAGUCUCUUCUGUUGCUCCCACCGGAGGUUCUACUGUCUAUAUUAUCCAUUCUUGACUUUAAAACACUUAUAAGAUGCAGACAAAUUUGUCGCAAGGCUCUCGAAAUCAUAGACAGCUCAGCAUUACUCCAAUACAAAAUACAUCUCGGCAUGAAUUGUCUUGAAGAUAACAACAGCGGCCACUCCUCGCAAGAGCUACUUGAAAAAGUUCAGCAGCAUCGCUAUGCCUGGCAGAGUUUUAGAUAUUCUGAGCUGCUACUUUUACCUUGUGCCGGGAAUGCCUGGGAGCUCAUAGGCAAUAUUCUUGCCAUUCAUGUACCAGGAGUCGGUUUUACUUUCAAUCAAAUACCUUCGGCUCUUCGCGGUGUCCAGAAAAUCUGCUGGACUGUCAAGAGCGCAAAAAUUGGUGUCGAAGUGGAGGAUUUCUCUAUGGAUCGAUCCCAAGAUCUACUGGUGGUCUUGCAAGCCAAGCGUUCGCUGGAUGACUGCCUAUUCCCUGUACACAUAUUAACAAUGUCGGGUGACAAACAUCCACUAGCGCAUCGGCAUGUACUUGAGGACGUAAAAUUGGAGAACUCGGAGAUGAUAUAUGAUAUCCGCAUAUUCGGCGACCUCCUCGGCGUUCUCUUCACUGCGAUUCAAGGCGAUAUUUCAAUCCUCGUAAUAUGGAACUGGAAAACCGGUCGCAUCAAGAAGCAUGUUACUGGGACGAUGCUGGAACUGCAAACCUUCAUCAUCCUGACGGAAGACAUUCUAAUGAUUGGGUCUCUGCAAAUAAAUGGAGAGCCCAGUCCGAAUCUGAGAGUGUAUCGUCUCGAUGAAGAAGAUUACGUUGGAAGUGACGUCUUGGACACCAUGACAUUUGUGUGUGCCCUCACCUUCCCGCUUCCGAAAGAUGGUGUGGAAGUUGAAAUUCGCCUUUUCUCCGACCCUCCGCCCGCAAAGCCGAAUCAAAAUGACGGACUUUUUAUGACGUGCCACGACGACAGGCUUUUGGUCAUUGGCUACGACGCUUAUGUCAGUGACACGGAAACCGAGUAUUAUUCCUCCUUUGUCCCACUGUCGUCUUUGAUGGCCAUGGUGGAAAGAUGUCUCGCAACUACGAAUUCGAAAGGAACGAUAAUACCUCAUUCUGAAUGGGCACACCAUACGGAGGUAACCACGUCGUUGCUUUCGGAUGUAUGGAUUUCCGUCGUGCACGGGAUGAGGGCUAUCACUCACGAAAUCGACGGCACGCUUAUCAGGGCGAGAAUACUCGAUUUCAAUCAGUAUGCGAUUCGAAAUGAUCUUGAGGAAGGACGCGCGAGGACGAACAGUUACGAGAUUGUAGGCGCGGAGACGCCCGCUGUCAGGGUAAAUGGGAAGUUUCUUAAGGAUGGAGACGGAUAUAUCAACUCGAGUCUGAAGCAGCCUUACCGUGUCGUGUCCAGGGACCUGCCCAAGAGCAUCCGGAAGAAUGUGACGGAUCUGAUGUUAACGGAGGACUCGGUAGUCAUGGUGCUGAGGGAGGUUGAGAGCGAGACGUUUGGCAUCCUGUCGUUUUGAGGAAGAAGAAGAGGAUAUGUUAGGUGUAAUAAUGUCAAGGUGAUACGCUAGUCGUGCUACAGGUUACGUUGCUUUACUCUUUGCGACGGCCUCAAGUGGCGUCAGCAGACGGACAUUAUCUGUAAGGGCCGGUAUUGGCUGAAAGGAUAGGCAAUUGUAACAAUGGAAUUAGUUAUUAAUUUGGGCCUGGCCAGGUG